AUUACAUACAUCAAAUGUACCUUAGGUACAUACAAUGUGCGUUUCACAGUUAUCAAUAGAAAGGCCCGCUACGCCACAAUCCGCCAGCCCGCUCAGCUUCGGUCCAACCUUGGAACUUAAACCUAGAGAAUUAUUAGGUUAGGAGGUACCUAGGUACCCGACGAGAUCCAAUCCAGAUCACCGUUUACAGGUCCCACGUGGAGCCGAACCUAACCUUCUUAUUCGAAAGCUCCAUUUGUGUCACUCCCGAUUGUUCUCCUUAACCCUCCUUUAACCCGCCGACAACAUGUUUCUUUCGCACAAUUAUUCCUCAACUGUCUAUCCGUAGCUUUACCGUCGCUAAGGAACCAUGUCGACGGUCCGGUUACCGUUCCUCUAUCCGCAUUUAUUCCGGGCAGCCCGCAUCGGUGAGUCUGCAGCUCACGGAGCGAAGAUCCGAUGUCGCAAGUCUCCGACGAACAGUAGUAACCCACGCAUGGUGGCAUUUUCAUCCUCCACCCCAUCGAGACAAGCCGUCUUCGAGAGACAUGGUAAGGCCGUAGAGCCAUUACCUGUUACGCCUGAUGUCGCCAACCUUUCGGCACCAGGCCCGGACCCCGCUAAAUCGUCGAGUUCCCCGAACGUGCAAUCGCCUGGUAAAGCAGAUGCGAAUAAGGAGAAACAGGCAACACAAGAGCCUCAAGCUUCAGCGGAGAAAAUAGCGAAAGGAGCAAAAGAACCAGAAAAGACCAAGCCUACUCCUCCGGGGGCAUCUGCAGCCUCCGGCCCUGCGUCUUCUAGUCCUCAGCAAGCUGCCACGGAGGCUAAGAUGCAAGAAAGUGGUCCGAUGGAAGCAGUUUUGCACAUGCCACCACCCGAAGAAUUCCACCACCCCCAUAUAUCAACGCCGCCUUAUGUUCAUUAUUUUGAUACUUAUACCCUUGUAAAGCAGCUGGAGGAGAGUGGAUAUAGCAAGGCGCAAGCUACCACGGUCAUGAAAGCUAUUAGAGGACUACUAGCAAAGAAUCUAGACUUCGCUCAAGAUGGACUAGUGAGCAAAAGUGAUGUCGACAACGAGACGUAUUUAUUUCGUGCUGCAUGCUCAGAACUUAGCGCCGAGGUCUACAACAAUAGGAGAGCUGCUGACGAGACGACGCGACAGCAGCGUACUCACUUGCAACACGAAGUCGAUAUUUUGACCCAACGGAUGACUCAGGACCUCAUGACGCUAAAAGAUGAUGUUAAGGGCAUGUUCAACGACCGCCGAAUGAACGUGAGAGAAGAACAGAGGACGAUGGAGAGCGCUAUUCAACAGCUCAACCUGAAAAUCAGCGUGACCCUCAACAGCGACUCUAGGUCGGAUAUUGAAGGAUUACGCUGGGUGCUCAUCCGUCGUUCGGUUUUAGGUAUAAUUUUCAUGGCGGUACUCACUCUCGGGACCCUCCGUUACGCGACAUACGUCAAGCACGAGAGGCAAAGGGAAGCAGAAGAAAAGGCUCGACAUGCUGAGAGACUUAAAAAUAGUCUAGGACGGGAAGAUCAUGCUCCCCCUUUCGACGCAGCGGAAAUUCUGGCGGCAAAUUAAACCUUGAUACCCGUGGGGAUAGAUGGCGGUAACAAAAGCAAUAUGAAUUUCUAUAGACGUAU